AUGGGAAGAUUUUGGUCGGCCACAGGCCCCUUUGCACAAAACAACAGACAUAAUUUACCAUACAUUGAUAUGAAAUCCCAAAACCAGCAAAGAAGCACGAUUUUUUUCAUCACUCGGAACCUAGAAUUUCGAUUUCUACCAAUAAACGAAAAAUUACGGGGAAGCACAUACCUUCCGUGGCAAGACUCUUACUUUUUCGAUUAUAUCAUCCGACCCGAACUCGGGCCGGACCUCCAGAUCAAAAAGCCUGGAGAGAAAGAAGGACCGACCCAAGUGAUCCACAAGCUUCUUUAUCUGAUUGCUCUGUACGGAAAUGAGGCGCUUGUUGCCGCCGUGCUGGCCAUCUUCCGCCUCGAAGACGAUACUUGGAACACGGCCCAAAUUCCUCUCUUUGGCGGCUAUGUUCUUGCCGGAGAGAGCGCGUGGGAUCGCGUGGAUGGUUUCGUCGUGCUUAGGGUCAGGCCUGGGCAAUCCCUCCAGGUAGGUGAGCAGAAUGGGGUUGUCCGCUUCCUGGAGGAGCGCGGCGGUGGAGAAGCGCCGGAAAUGGUGAUUGAUGGCGGCGGUGGCCAGUGA